UUCGUAAACCAAGGAGCGGAAUGUCGCAACUCUUUAUAUAUAUGGCUCUGAUAUUUUCUAAGCCCACGAGAUCAAUGAACCGGAACGACUGACUCAUCGCUACGGUAGCGAAUUUGUCGGUACUGGAAUACGUGUAGUAUAUCAGAUAUUACAGAAAAUAGAAGUCAUAUUUUUUGGAUUCAAACUAAUUACAAGCUACAUUUAUAUGUAUUAAACCAUACAUUAGAAUCACACUGUUUAAAAAAACCGUUUACUCGUAUUUUUUGUUGUAUUUCUGGGGCUUAUCAUUCAGAGACGAUAUAAACAAACAGCUCCACCACAGAACGUUGGGGCGCUAAAUACGAAACUUAUUAUCGUCUGUAACACACGACAUACAUCAUUUUGGGUUUCGUUUUUUUGUUGCCUAGCUUAUUAUUAUUCCCAACUUUCUACGUUAUAUACAGGCUAGGCCUAGCCUUAGGCAUAGGAUAAACGCUUUUUUGCUGAGGGACUGCUGACUGUGAGAUGGGGUGCUGACUGUGAGAUGGGGUUUGCUUAUGUUGUGUCAGUGUAUACCGUACUGUUGUAAAUUAUGGAUGUGCAUUUCUCUUCUAUGUGCCAACUUUGCUGUGGUUAUAAGUUCAAGAAUUGUGAUACAAAAUGUAAAAUCCUGAGUUUGAGACCUGAAAUACUUGAUUUCUACAAUCUUAGCAAUUCAAUUAACAAUAUUCAUCCUAAAAAUAUCUGUACUGCAUGUGUAUCAAAGGCGUAUAAAUUUAAACACAUAAACACAUACAACUGGACAAACCACACGGAUUCAUUUUGUCUAGCCAGUUCAUACUAAAUAAAGAACAUGCAGCUAACACAAUUUAUGUGUGUACCAUAUGCAAAAAUGUUAUGUCUCUAUCGAUGUUGGAAACUAAAUGUUGUCACACUUUCUGUGCACAUUGUUUGUUUCAACUCUUUCGUACGCUUAAGUCUGAUGUCAUUCCAUGUGUUAAGUAUUCUUGUCCUGUUAAUCGUAACAAUGUCAGACCACCAUCGGAACUGAGUGAGCAAUCACCCCUCUCUGUUCAACUGAGAUGCCAGAAGUGUUCCAGCACACUGUUAUACAAUGACUGUGAGGGCCACAAAUGUUCAUCAAAAUAUGAACAGACAGUUGAGAAAAUCAAAAAAGCAGUAAAUGAAAUCAACUGUCAGAUCAAUAAAGUGAUGCCAAAUGAGCUGGAAAAAAUAGCUCAUAAAGUGCUUCAUAAAUCACUCAAAAAGCAAAAAGAAAUCAACAUAAUAACAAAUGGCAGACCACUGAAAGUUGCUGUCAUAUCAAAUGCAACAAAAUCUAGUGAUGAUGUCAGCAAAAAGACUGUUUCGAGAAGGACAGCAGAAAUUAAGGAAAUUCGAAGAAUUGUUUCUUGUGGUAACGAGAGAAAAAUGCAAUACAGACAGCAGGAUCCUACCCAAGAUUUCAUACAAAGCCAAAUGAUAAGCCUAGUAUUCAAGUGUGAGACGGCAAAUGGUCAAAAUGGCUAUGAAGAAAGGAUGGCCCCUGUUACAAAAAUACGGGACAUUCAACAGUUCGUAUACAUGAAUCUAGAGAAACACUACAAAGGUUACAAAAUCAAGUUGUUCCUCUUCGGCGACUACGAUUUCAUGAUAAGGAUCUAUGGCCUCCAAUCACCUAAUGGACGAUAUGGUUGUUUGCUUUGUACAACUACCAAAGAUGAGAUGAACAAAGGCAUCAGAAAGCAGCAAAGAAGUAUGAAGUCUCUGUCUGAGGACCUCAAAAAUUUUAUUGCUGCUGGUUCUUGUAAAAAAACAAGCAAAGACUUCUCGAGAAAUGUUGUGAGAAAGUCAAUGGUCAACAUUGAUAUAGACCAUGUUUCAAUUCCAUGCCUUCACAUCUCUCUUGGAGUUUUUAAGAAACUGUAUGACUUGCUAGAGCUAGAAGCCCAUGACAUAGAUAGCAUAAUAUAUAAACUCAGUAGACAAACUAAUCCAUCAGAAUCCAUGAACAAUUUUGAACUGGCUAAUGCACAAAAUGCUACGACGGUUGAAACAUGUAAAGAAAAGAUACAGAUUUUGCGUGAAGAAAUCAACACCAUAGAGGACAAUAUGACAAUUGCCCAGCUAGCAAAAUCUGCAACUUUAAUAUCUUCAAAGUGCCAGACAAUUAAAGAACUUGAACAAGCAAUGGAAAGCAAUAAAAAACUUUAAAGUUUGGAAUGGGGCCAAUUGUUUCUGCCAUGGACUCUGUUUUAAGGAAACAUCAGGUUGACAGAAAAGCAUAUCAUGGUAAAGCUUUUAAUGGAAAUCAUGUCCAUAAAUGUUGCCAGAUAAAUAUAAUAUCCAAAAGUUGCUGAAAGCAUGCAAAAAAACACUAGAUAAGCAGGCAAUGGAAAUUCCAAUCAAGCAUGCAAACGAGUUGUCAUAUAAAGCCAAGGUGAUGGCAUCCAAAUUCGUUCCACUUUUCACAAAGUUUUCAACAGUGGAACAAAAAAUCAAUCAUACUCGUCCAAUCUCAGAUAACAAGAUACAAGAAAUUGAUGACAACAUCAAGGAUUUCAUUGGAGAAUACCGACAACACGGGCACAGCAUUUCGCCUAAACUGCAUAUGCUUGAAAUGCAUGUUGUACCUACCCUUAAGAGAUGGCACUUUGGAUUAGGUCUUCUAAGCAAGCAAGGUGGUGAGCAAAUCCACGCUGCCUUCAACAAGCAAGCAAGGAACGUUUACGGUGUACAAUCUGAAAUGAGACAAAUGGAGUCCAUUCUUAAAAACCAUAUAAUAUUAACAUCCCCCGAGAUACAUGACAAGAUAGUAACACCCAGAAAAAGAAAAUAUUGUAAUGAAGAAUGAAGAAUCUGGGACCAUACAGCCUUAAAAUCAAAAUCCUUAAAUGAUUUCUUACAGACAAUUGAACCGCACAGACUACUGUAAUUACGGAAGUACAUUAUUAUCAUGGUGUAAAAGGAAACACAAUAUUUAAAACGUCAUUAACAUUGUACACACAAGCAGCGUUGUGCUACAAUUUAAAUAUAGAGUUUUGAAUCAUUUUUCGACAUGUAUGUAAAUUUUGUACAAACAAUAAUACUAUAUAUUAACGCUGUACAGAAAACCGUAGGCCAACUGUACAUAUCUAAAUUUUGUACGAACAAUAAUAUAUGGCCUACUGUUAGAAAAUUUAAAUAUGGACCGUAUCAUAUGAGUUGAUUUAAAAAUAUUUCAAUAUGUUUCAACUAUUAAAAUAUUAGAAAAAUUUUGUAUGGACAAUGAAAUACUGUAAUGUAAAUAUGGAGUGUAUACGAGUUGAAUUUCAUUGAUAAUUUAACAUGGUAAUAUUGACUUCAAAAUUAAAUACUGUGUUCCAUAAUUGUUCCAUUAGUUAUUAAUGCAAUGAAUAAUGUUAUUGUUGUUAUUAAUGUUAUGAAAACCGUAAUAGCUAUUCCUGACAAAUAAAUAUUGUAUGCUAAAGAAAAGAAUGUAAUUUAUGUCCGAAAAUAUGCAAAUGACGUUAGAAACCAAUAAAACAAAAAUAUUAUUAGCAAUUACCAGAAUAGAUUAUUAAUACAUAUAUGAAAAAUACUGUAUUCAUGCUGUUACUAUCCCAUUUACCAGCAAACCCUUUAAAAGGGCAU